CAGCACACAAGUUUCCCAAAUUGACCUCUCCUACUUCGACAUCUAUGCAACACUAACCCAUUUCAACUUCACCCCAUUUCUCAAUCUCACCCAAUUCAACCUAUCUGGCAACUAUUUCGAAGGGCCUAUACCGUCUGCCAUUGGCAACCUCUCCAAGCUCACAACUUUGGACUUGGGCCACAACUUCUUCAGUGGAGAAAUACCUGUGGAGAUAGGCAUGUUGACUGAGCUUAAAUACCUUGAUCUUAGAGAGAAUUCCUUAAACUCUUCAAUCCCUUCUGAGCUUGGUCUUUGUACCAACCUCGCCUACUUGGACCUGGCUUCCAAUUCCCUUGAAGGGAAAAUUCCAUCCUCUAUAGGCCAACUCAAAGAACUUCAGUACCUUGAUCUUAGAGAGAAUUCCUUAAACUCUUCAAUCCCUUCUGAGCUUGGUCUUUGUACCAACCUCACCUACUUGAACCUGACUUCCAAUCACCUUGAGGGGAAAAUUCCACCUUCUAUAGGCCAACUGAGGGAACUUCAGUACCUUGAUCUUCACAUGAAUUCCCUAGACUCUUCAAUCCCUUCUGAGCUUGGUCUUUGUUCCAGCCUCACCUACUUGGCCCUGGCUUCCAAUCACCUUGAAGGGAAAAUUCCAUCCUCUAUAGGCCAACUCGGAGAGCUCCGGCACCUUGAUCUUCAAAACAAUUCCUUAAACUCUUCAAUCCCAUCUGAGCUUGGUCUUUGUACCAACCUCACCUACUUGGCCCUGACUUCCAAUAAACUCAGUGGGGAACUGCCUCUGUCCUUGUCCAAUCUGAACAACAUCACCCAUCUGAGUUUAUUUGCUAAUCGGUUUACCGGACCACUCUUGCCUUCUUUGCUCUCCAAUUGGACCAAAGUGGCCCAUUUGCUACUUCAACACAACAGCUUCAGUGGGAAUAUUCCACCAGAAAUAGGAAGAUUAUCAAAUUUGAUUGACUUGGAUCUUUCGAGAAACCAGUUCUCUGGGUCAAUUCCUCUAACACUAUGGAAACUUCGAAAUAUUCUGAGCUUAAAUCUUUCCUACAACAAUCUCAAUGGCCCAUUCCCGGAGAAUAUUGAUUUCCCAUUCCCGGAGAAUAUUGAUUUGUCUAAUAACAAUUUCACACAGGCAGAAGCUUUUUUAAGUUGGAAGAUCACCUUUGCUUCUGCACCACCUUCUCUCACUUCAUG